AUAAAACAAAAAAGGGAUAUAGGGUUGAUGGAAGUCAUCGUCUUCCUCAGUUCCUCUUCCACACAUCAUUCCAGCUUAAACCAGUAAAACUAUGAGUUUCUCAUAUCUCAAUUUUCUCUGAUUAAUUUAUUUAUUCACGAGAAUUGAGAUGGCUUUUGCUCCUGCUAACUGCUGUCGAACACUCCUCUUCGCCACCACAAGGCUCGCUUCGCCCCUCCUCCUCCGCCACCUCCCUCCCCUCAGCUACAACACCCGCCUCUACUCCUCCCGCGGCAAUGUCGUCCAAAUCCUCGAAGAGCGAGGCCUCCUCGACUCCCUCACCGCCGACUCCCUCCGCCGCCCCGACUCCCCUUCCCUCCGCGUCUACUGCGGCUUCGACCCCACCGCCGACAGCCUCCACAUAGGCAAUCUCCUCGGCCUAAUCGUCCUCUCCUGGUUCCUCCGCUGCGGCCACCGCGCCGUCGCACUCGUCGGCGGCGCCACCGGCCGCGUCGGUGACCCCUCCGGCAAGAGCCUCGAGCGCCCCCAAUUGGAUCUCGCAUCCCUCGAUAGAAACGUCGCCGCAAUCUCAGCCUCAAUCCUCACCAUUCUCGAACGCGUCUCUCCCCCGACGGCGUCUCCACCCUCCGCCGCCGCCGUCGCGAUUUUGAACAAUUACGAUUGGUGGAAGGACGUGAAGCUCCUGGAUUUCCUGCGCGACGUCGGGAGGCACGCGCGGGUUGGCGCGAUGAUGUCGAAGGAGAGCGUCCGCCGCCGCCUCGAAUCGGAGCAGGGGAUGAGCUACACGGAAUUCACCUAUCAAUUGCUCCAGGGCUACGAUUUCCUCCAUCUCUUCCGCGACGAAGGCGUCAAUGUCCAAAUUGGGGGAAGCGAUCAAUGGGGAAACAUCACCGCUGGCACCGACCUUAUCCGCAGAAUUCUCCAAACCGAAGGCGCCUACGGCCUCACAUUCCCUCUCCUCCUCAAGAGCGACGGCACCAAAUUCGGUAAAUCCGAAGACGGCGCCGUUUGGCUAUCGCCGUCGCUGCUAUCGCCCUACCAAUUCUACCAGUAUUUCUUCUCCAUCUCCGAUGCCGACGUCGUGAGAUUCCUCAAGAUUCUAACCUUUCUCCCCAUGGAUGAGAUUUCAAAAAUUGAAAUUGAAAUGCAGAGCCCUGGCUAUUCCCCCAAUUCCGCACAGCGCAGGCUGUCGGCGGAGGUUACGCGAUUUGUCCACGGCGAUGAGGGUCUCGCGGAGGCUCUCAAGGCCACAGAGGCGUUGAGGCCCGGGGCUGAGACAAAGCUGGAUUCGAAGACGAUAGAGAGUAUUGCAGAGGAUGUGCCAUCGUUUUCUCUACCGCAGGAUAAGGUGUUGGACAUAUCUCUUGUGGAUCUCUCAGUCUGCACUGGCCUUCUUGAGAGCAAAUCGGCUGCUCGGCGCCUGCUCAAGCAGGGGGGACUGUAUUUGAAUAAUAACAGAGUUGAUAGUGAGGCAAAGAAGAUCGAAGCAGAUGACAUUGUUGAUGGAAAGAUACCUGCUCUUGCGGUGGAGAACACACAAUUGCAUUUGUCCUGUUUCCUAAGCCCCAUCAAGGGGUUAGGCCGCCUCCUGCAUUCACUCUCUCGCUUAGUUUGUGGAGGACUCAUGUCUGGCCUUACUCUAGGACUGAUGUCUCUCAGCCUCGUUGAUCUCGAAGUCCUCAUCAAAGCUGGCAAGCCAGAAGACAGAAAGAAUGCUGAAAAGAUUCUUCCUAUUGUCAAGAAUCAGCACUUGUUGCUCUGCACACUCCUCAUAUGUAACGCCCUAGCCAUGGAGGCACUUCCUAUUUUCGUCGACUCUCUUCUCCCCGCCUGGGGUGCUGUGUUAAUCUCAGUUACACUCAUACUUGCAUUUGGAGAGAUUAUCCCUCAAGCUGUGUGCUCCCGAUACGGAUUGAACAUUGGUGCCAGGCUAUCAGUAGUGGUUCGACUGCUGGUCAUAAUUGUUUUUCCUCUAUCAUACCCCAUCAGUAAGCUUUUGGACUUGCUGCUUGGGAAGGGGCACUCUGCUCUGCUGAGGCGUGCGGAGCUGAAAACACUUGUCGAUAUGCAUGGAAAUGAGGCAGGAAAAGGGGGUGAAUUGUCCCACAAUGAAACAACCAUUAUCUCUGGAGCACUAGACUUGACUGCAAAGACAGCGAAAGAUGCAAUGACACCAUUAUCUUCAGUAUUUUCUCUAGAUCUUAAUGCUAAACUCGACAAUGACACAAUGGGUCUAAUAUUGAGCAAUGGGCAUAGUCGGGUGCCUGUCUACUUGGGAAGCCCGGGUAACAUUGUUGGGCUUGUCCUGGUAAAGAAUCUAAUAAAGAGCCGUCCAGAAGAUGGGACUCCAAUCAGAAAUCUAACCAUAAGAAGAAUACCAAGAGUUCAUGAGUGCCUACCACUGUACGACAUACUAAACCAAUUCCAGAAAGGGCAAAGCCAUAUGGCCGCAGUGGUUAAGAGCACUACUCCCCUGAAUGAUGUUAUAGAGUGUGCAAGUUCAAAAUCAAAUUCGGCACAGAGACAAACAGACAGAACCAUUAAUGUCGAUUGUUUAGUUUCUAUCCCUCAUAGAGAUGAAGAAGUUCUUGGCAUAAUAACAAUGGAGGACGUUUUAGAAGAACUACUUCAGGAACCAAUAUAUGAUGAAACUGAUGAUUAUGUUGACUUGCAUAACCAAAUUAAAAUCAAUCUGAUUACUAAUGGAAAAAUGUCAUCACAAUCUCCUGGAAAGCUGCGUACCCCAACAGCUUCUCCCUAUUCUUCAAGCCAUCAAACGCCAUUUUCAUACCACCAGACAGCUAUGACGCGCUCCCCCCUCUCUCCCUACAUUCAGUCGCCUAUUAGCAGGCCACAUAUUUCAUCGUCCACUGGGAACUCUGCACCGGCUUCUCCAGCUGGAAUCAAGCGUCCUCAGGGAUCUCCCUCUAUCUACAAUCAGGCUCAACGAAAAUCAUACGAGAAGUUUAGAAGGCUUGACCAUCCAUAACUUAUCGUCUUCUUAAUAUUGAAAUAAGCAGGUUGGCAUCCUGACUGUAAAAUUGUGAGUGAAUUGUUCCAUAUGUAAAUGUUUAGUCAAUAUAUAUGAAAUAAUCUGCUUAGAUCUGCUGCCAAAGCCAAACAAUCAACUCUGUACAAACUAGAGAAGCAUAAAGUUCAAUUUCUAAUUAAUCAUCAAACUGAUCUUGUUCUAAUAGAGCAGUAGAGCACAAUGAUUGUUGUAUGUGUGUUGUGUAUACAAUUUUAACUAUAUUAGCUUAUUUAAUAGUAA